AUGGGCAUCAAGACAGCGUUGCCCGCGGCAGAGCUAGGCCUGUACUCCCUGGUGCUGAGUGGGGCCCUAGCCUAUGCUGGCCGGGGCCUCCUUGAGGCCUCACAAGAUGGGGCCCACAGGAAGGCUUUCCGGGAGUCUGUGAGACCCGGCUGGGAGUACAUUGGUCGGAAGAUGGAUGUGGCUGACUUCGAAUGGGUCAUGUGGUUCACCUCCUUCCGCAAUGUCAUCAUCUUCACCCUCUCUGGACACGUGCUAUUUGCUAAACUCUGCACAAUGGUUGCCCCCCAGCUCCGCUCCUGGAUGUAUGCUGUGUAUGGGGCCCUGGCCGUGGUGGGCAUCAUGGGCCCUUGGUACCUGCUGCUGCUGCUUGGCCACUGUGUGGGCCUCUAUGUUGUCUCACUCUUUGGCCAGCCCUGGCUCUGUCUUGGCGUCGGCCUGGCCAGCCUUGCCUCUUUCAAGCUGGACCCCCUCAUUUCCUGGCAGAGCGGGUUUGUAACAAGGACUUUUGAUCUUCAAGAGGUGCUGUUUCACGGGGGCAGCGGUUUCACGGUGCUGCGUUGCACCAGUUUCGCGCUGGAGAGCUGUGCCCACCCUGACCGCCGCUACUCCCUAGCCGACCUGCUCAAGUACAAUUUCUACCUGCCUUUCUUCUUCUUCGGACCCAUCAUGACCUUUGACCGCUUCCACGCUCAGGUGAGCCAGGUGGAGCCCGUGCGGCCAGAGGGCGAGCUGUGGCGCAUCAGGGCCCAAGCAGGACUCAGCGUGAUAGCCAUCUUGGCCGUGGACGUCUUCUUCCACUUCUUCUACAUCCUCACCAUCCCCAGUGACCUCAAGUUCGUCAACCGUCUCCCGGACAGCGCCCUCGCUGGCCUAGCCUACUCAAACCUGGUGUACGACUGGGUGAAGGCGGCUGUCCUCUUCGGAGUCGUCAACACCGUUGCGCGCCUCGACCAUCUGGACCCGCCCCACCCUCCCAAGUGCAUCACAGCGCUCUAUGUCUUCGCAGAGACACACUUUGACCGUGGCAUCAAUGACUGGCUUUGCAAGUACGUGUAUGACCACAUUGGUGGGCAGCACUCUGCAGUGAUCCCAGAGCUGGGGGCCACCAUAGCCACAUUUGCCAUCACCACUCUGUGGCUUGGACCUUGUGAUGUUGUCUACCUGUGGUCAUGCCUUAACUGCUUUGGGCUCAAUUUUGAGCUCUGGGUACAGAAGCUGGCAGAGAUGGAGCCCCUAGCGCAAAUUGAGACCUCUCUGUCAGAGCAGAUGUCCCGCAGGGUCCGAGCCGUCUUUGGAGCCAUGAACUUCUGGGCCAUCGUCAUGUACAACCUUGUAAGCCUGAACAGCCCUGAGUUCACAGAGCUGGUCGUCCAGCGCCUGCUGCUCUCAGGGUUCCCCCGGACCACGCUGGCCAUCCUGUUUGUCACCUACUGUGGUGUCCAACUGGUGAAGGAGCGAGAGCGAACCCUGGCUCUGGAGGAGGAGCAGAAGCAGGACAAAGAGAAGCUCGAGUAG